CCAUAACAGAGACUUUUACCUAAAUCCAUUCAAAGAUACCAGAAAAACGCUGGAUGGUGCCUGUUGGCCAAAGCAGGGAAGUCUUCAGCUGCUCAUAAUCUUUGCAAAGCUCUUCUGCUCUCAAGCUGUUAGGGGACCAUACAGGAGAGAGUUUUUCACGAUGCCUAUGAACAGGUGAUGCCAGAAAACAAACCCAUGAAUGUGGAGCAUAAAGAGACGGGAACCAUCACGGAUGUGUGCAGCCGUGAGGAGUUGCCUGAAGUAGAACUGGUCAGCCUGAUUGAAGAUCAGAUACCCCAGUAUCGCCUCCGAGCAGAUUCACUGUACCUGUACCAGAACAAGGAUUGGGACCAGUCACUGGACGGCUCCAGCCAUGCAUCCGAUAUGCUUUCUCCCACCCAGGCUGAGGAAGCUUUCCGCUACAUGACUUUCAUGCAUACGGACCAGACUCCCUCAGUGUUUCCUAAAUCAUGCAGCCUUCCUGGAGUUCUCAGUUCUGAUCGAGUAGAACAGAUGACCAGGACUUACAAUGACAUUGAUAUGGUUACACACCUCCUGGCUGAAAGAGAUCGGGAUUUGGAGUUGGCUGCCCGAAUCGGACAAUCUUUACUGCAGCGUAAUCGGGUCCUGACGGAACGAAGUGAGCUAUUGGAGGAACAACUGGCCCAGGCUUAUGACCAAGUCAACCAACUGCAGCACGAGCUGACGAAGAAAGAUGAGCUACUGCGUUUCGUGGCCAUCGCCUCGGAGGAGAGCGAGUCUGAUUCGAGCUGCUCCACGCCGCUCCGCCAGAACGAGUCCCUGAGCCUGUCACACAGCCUGAUUCAGCUGGACUCCUUGCAGAGCAAACUGCGGGUCCUGGAGGAAGAGAAUCUCUGCCUCCGAUCUGAGGCCUGUCACCUGAAGACGGAAACGAUCAACUAUGAAGAGAAAGAGCAGCAGCUGGUCAAUGACUGUGUGAAGGAACUAAGGGAAACCAACAUACAUAUUUCUGAUCUAGCAGACGAGCUCUCCAGGAAGAAUGAGGACAUUGCACGACACCAGGAGGAGAUCACAAACCUGCUCAGUCAAAUCGUAGACCUGCAGCGGAAAGUCAAAGAGCACGCCAUUGAAAAGGAAGAGCUCAAACUUCAUCUGCAGGCUUCCAAAGAUGCCCAAAGGCAGCUUACAGCAGAGCUCCACGAAGUGCAAGAUCGGAAUGCUGAAUGUUUGGGAAUGCUGCAUGAAUCCCAGGAGGAGCUGAAGGAAUUGCGGAGCAAAAGUACAUCGCUGAGCUCGCUCCGGUGGCCUCAGUCAUACAGCAUUUUCCCAAUGGAUUCACUGGCUGCUGAGAUUGAAGGAACAAUGCGCAAGGAACUAAGCCUGGAGGAUUCCCCAGUGGAAGACCAUAGGAACCAGCAGAAACGCGUCUUCAACAUCGUCAAGAGCGUGAAUGAAACCGUGCGAGCCCGGGCACCAGGGUGCCCUCUGGGGUCUAUACCCGGAUCUGGUUGCGCAUCUGCCUUCCUGACUGCUAAACCGCAUCAAUGUGUUGUGGGACAAACAGGCACACGAUCGAGGAAUAGUUCAGGAAGUGAAGCAGAUUUGCACUGUAACCUUCCCAGAUUCGGACAGCCUGGCACUCCUGGUGGAAAUGAUCUGGCCACAGCUUUGCGCCGACUUUCUCUGCGGGAGGAGAAUUACCUCAGCGAAAAGCGAUUCUUUGAAGAUGAGCAGGAUCGAAGGCUGAAGGCGCUGGCGGAGAAACAGGAAAGAAGUGGCUGUAGCACACCAGUGGAGAGCAUUUUGUCCGGGAGCACUAAUCACACAGAUCUUUCGGAGAUGUCGUGCUUUUCGGGAACUUCUAGUUGUUUCCGAACAUUCUUCCCCGAGAAACUGCAGAUUGUCAAACCGAUAGAAGGCUCCAUGACUUUAUACCAAUGGCAACAGCUAGCGCAGCCUAACCUGGGCACCAUUUUGGACCCUCGACCUGGCGUACUCACUAAGGGCUUUGAGCUGGUGCCGGAGGAUGAAGGCUACCACCUUUCAGACCUGGAGGAAGAUGAUGAGGAAGGAAUCAUCUUCAAAGCCCAGCAAACCUCCACCCCCGAGGAGAAGAAGAUGCAGAUACCAAAAGAAAUGGAACCAGCAGCAGCACCCUUCCUGCCAAUGCCAAACCUUUCCACACACAACACACCACCUGGUGAGUUGUGCUGUGGAUUACUCAAAGGUCUUGAAAUGAACAGCCAUUUACAUACUGAGCCCCAGAAUGUGUUGAGCCCUGGAUUUAUACAUAGUAAUGGAGUGCACAAUCCAGGCAAGUGUCUCUCCCAGACUAACUCGACCUACACCUUCACCACCUGUCGGAUCCUUCACCCCACUGACCUCUCUCAGGUCACAAUGAGCUCCAUGUAUACUCCAUGUACAGUGACAAGCGGAAGCACUUCAUCUGUCAUUGUGAGCACCGCUCCAAGUUCACCUCUAGUUACUUGUCGCCUGAGCCUUGGUGAAUCAUUCAUGAAGAAUAGGGAAUCGACGACCACUCUUAGCACCACCAGCAGCCUGGCUAAGCUGCUGCAUGAGCGGGGUAUAUCUGCCAGUGUUUACAGGUGCCCCCUGUCCAAACAACCACGAACCGUCACUCGUCCCAAGACACUAGCCCUGCCAUGCACUCCACCAAACUCUCCCGUUCACUCGCCUUGUCCAUCGCCCUUGGCCUUCGACACACGAGGAGCCAUGGACAGCUUCCUGGCAUCCCGGCCGGCAGAAACUUUGCUCCAAGAGGUGUACUGCCUGAAGCUUGGGAGGAGCCGUGCCGAUUCCACUCCCGGCUGCCUGAAUCUGGUGAAAAAGCUAAAAAAAAUGGGAAUUGCCCAAGUGGUCAAUCCGCACAAGACUCUGGAGCAGAGUGAAGAGUCAAGAAGUGGCCUGCACAGGCAGGAGACUGCCUUGUUCAUGGGGACUGGGAGCAGCCUGAUGGGGGGCCUGAGGCGGAACCAGAGCCUCCCCAAUGUUAUUGGUGGACUUGGCGUUGUCGUACCGAAGAUGGCCCGUUUAAAUGAAAAGACCGAGAACAAGAUGGUUUCAUCAGCACAGUGAUUGCUGGUGGAAAAACCCUGUACCCAAGCCUAUUUAAAUGGAGGAAGGGUGUGUGUUUUCUUUGAAAGAGUUGUAGGAAGUCUGAAGGGUUGAGCAUGUAAGUGAUGAGAUAAGGGAACUAAGCUGGAGCUUAAGGAAAUAAGUUUAAGAAGGGAGACUAGACGAAGGGGUUGGAUUAAUGGUGAGGUCAGUGUAAAGCAGAGUGAUACAUGGGAAGUGUUGAAGGUAGGUGGAGGGGUUGAUAGAAGAAGGUAUUGUGAGAAGAGGGUAAAUCUAACAUUGUGGCAGUUGAGAACUAGCUGGUAAUGUGAACGUUUGUCAUCCUUCCUCCUUCCCAAUGUAAUUUGUUCACCAACGGCUUGUAGCAUUCCGUGGCGAUUUCCCAGAGCAUUAAAGCACACACCAGUCCUUAAAGCACCCUCGUUUAAAAAGCAUCAUGCAGUUGUUUGCAUUGUUGUGGGAAUGGCUUGUGAGUCAAUAAGCUAAGGUCAGGGAGCCUUUGCAAACCUAAUAGUGGGGUAUUACUGUCUGGUUUCUCCCCCUUUUCUCUCUUCUCUCCCCACCACCCCAGCCUUUAUGGUUGAGUUGCUUCUUAAAGCACAAGCACAGUAAUAUUCACUAAGUUAAGUUGCAUUAAGUUAAAAAAAAUCACCUCUCACACAAUUUCUACAGUUCUUUUAUUGCAAAUUUGUGACUUGGUUAUAAAUACUCUUGGGAUGAAUGUGCUUUCCCUAGUACUGCUUUAUACUAAAAAUGACCACUUUAAGCUAAAAUUCAGAAAACUCAUCGAUCUGCAGCUGAGGUUGUGUCAGACCCAUCCUCACAUUGCUGUAAAAAAUGUUCACAGUGCUGGAGGGGUGCAAGAGCCACACUGCAUGUGCCAACCAUACAGUUGGAUUCCUUCUCUCUGAGUGUGUUAAUCUUAUGGAAUUGUGCACUGUACCAACUGCAUGUUUGAUAUAUCACUCGUUCAGCUGCUCUCUGCACAAAACUGAACUGGACCAUCCUCUGAUAGUGAGACAGAGAAAAUUGAUAACUGGUUGGAAUUUCAAGACUCCUGUCAUCACCAAGGGAUAAACUAAGAGCAGAGCCGAAGUACUAAGUAUUGUUCAGUCAGAUUGUUGCCAUCUUGUUAUUCUCGGAUAUCAAUUCUCAACCUGUCUGUUUGUAUUUGCCCCAAUGUGUGGAGUGUUUGAUCCAGUGUAUCCUCAACCAUGUGACUCCAGGAGAUUAACAGGAAUGAGGAAGGAAACCUAGAAAUCAGGCGAGUAGAAAUAAGCACAAAGCAUCAAGCUGAACUAUAGACUUCAUUCAUUUCAGCUUAGAAAUUUCUAUGAAAAUGUCUGAAAAUGAUUCGCUCAGAGAGAGAAGCACCAAAGCUCUAACACUGUGCUUUAUGGCGUUCCAAAAAAAAGUAACUAAGCAACGUGAUCAAAUUAAAAAGGGAUCUAUAAACUUCAGGUAAUCUGCGCCAAUUUUGCGAAGCAGGUAUGCAGUGCUCUGGAAUCUUGAGUUGAAAAUUGUGUUCAGGCUAGUUGUUAAUAGCACAGUACAGAUGUAGUGAGCUGCUUUGAUUGUACAAAAGUUCUGUGUUUUAGUUUAUGACCAGUUGGUUGCCUUGGUCCAGUCUCGGGCCAGUCUCCUCCUUAUGGCUGUCAGCAUUCUGUGGCUGGGUUAGAGGAGCAGAUCUGCUUAAAGAUGAAGGUAAUUCCGGAGACUUUCUGUUGAUGCUUAUAUUUUUUUAUAUGUUUACAGUUUCCUUUAUGUAUUAAAGCCUCCAUUUGUAUGCAAAGCAACAAUUUAAAAUUAUAUAUAAUAUAUAAAAAGCUUGUUAAGUUUGAAUAUUUAAGCACAGCUCUCAGGCCCUGUCUGUGUAUAAAAUGUACUGUAACCGAAUGUAAAUUAAUUUUGUUCCAAAUGGGCAACAUCUGUCCUCUUUACAGAAAGGCUUCGUACUCCGUCCCUAGUGCUUUAUACUGCGGGCCUCCUGAGGGCCAGACGCAAUAUUAAUGUAGCCAGAAAAUUAGUCCUUGUAGAGUUGCUCUAGCUGUUUGAUCGUUUAUUCCGUAUACAGUGGUGAUUUGAGGCUGCGCAUGCCAUUUAAGCAUUUCCAAUGACUGCUGCAGUGAGACAGUUGCAUCAAUCCUUCAGAGUGUUGGCGUGUUUUAUGCACUUUUUAAAAAAUAUAUAUAAAAUGCACCUUUCACUAUGACUUACCUUUCUUUUGUAAACAUAUAAUUCUGAUUAUUAUAAAAGUGCGAUUGAAUGAUUUAUUCUGUGCGCAGGGCAAAUGGAUUUCAAGUCUGAUUUCUGAUGGAAUCCUCCAGUCUUUGGAAUGAAAACAAAAGUUAACACACACUAUUCUGUAGUCGUGAUGUGGUUUUCUGCACAAGGGUUGUGGGUAAGGUGGGGGGAAUGCGAAAUUGCAUUGCUAACAAGUUCAAAUCCAGUGGAUCUUAAACCUGCCUUGCAUUCUACCUCUGACAGUCCACAAAAAUUAAAUUGCUAGUUUUAUUCUAACUUCUUCAUUCAUCAAACUGCUUUCACAUUCUUGUAUUCUGAUUGGGUCACCAUAGUUUCCAGUGUAUUAUGUACAUUGAAAAUGGAAGCUAUUCCUAUCCAUUUCCACCGCAGCUUGAAGGUUCAUAGAAACCAUUUUUUUGUUCAGUUGCAAAAUGUAUAAGAUUUAAUUAGUGGACAGGGAUCAAAGAUUUUCUUGGGUAGGGGAGAGGAAGGGGUUAAAGUUAAAAUGGGGACUCACUGAGAAAACCUAGAUUCUGAUCGCUUCUUUUUAAUUAGAUUACGUUAAAAUUGUUAACUAUUCUUUUUAACAAUUUUCCUAGAUUGUAUGCACUUGAGACCACUCUUCACUUAGGUGAUACAUUUCAUUGAUGGUGCUUAGCUAUGCGCUGGAGAAAGAAAUGCAUUGCUUUACCAGCACUGUUGGAAUUGAGGUGGCUUUUGAAGGAUCUCUCUGACCGCGAGUUUCCCUUGUGAAGUAUGUGCCGCUCUACUUCAUUUCUCUGUGAAGGUCCACAAAGUGCCAAGUAGUACUUGGUUUUCUCCCGUGUGCAUCUAUGUAAUCCCUCUGACUCUGACUUGAUCCACUUACUCCUGUCCGAAACAUAAUGGCUCGAGAUGUAUUCUAUAACUCUGCUAACUUAUCCCAACUAGCUGUUUGCCCUGUGUGAGCUAUUGGAACAUGGAGGCAUAGUAUCCAAUGCUGAUUGGUCUUUUCUCUUUUUCCCCUCACAUGGGCGGGUGGGGGGAGGGGUUCUCUGAAAUGGAAACUGAUGCUUUAAUUUCCUCUUCUCCUACCACUGCCCCUCUUCCAACUGUAAUUAGUGUAUUAAAGAAAAUUUCCAACACUUCAAUUUGCAGAAACCGACUUGACCCAAUUUAUGUGGGAGGUAAAAUCUGCCAUUUGUUUGGAUGUUUUAUCAGACUGGCUUAUUAUCCUGCAGUAAUUGAAUCUCGCCACUUCCAGCUGGCCUUUAUUUUUUGGGGGGGUGGGGGUGCGGGAAGGGACCCUGUUUAAUAGUAAAGUUGCAGAAGACAAUCUCCACUGGGUUAUUGCACUGUAUGAAAUAACAGUAGAGUCAAACUGCAUCCAAUCACCACUGUACAAAACAUCUUGGUUCUACUCAUCUCGCUGUCUCUUAGUGAUCUAUAAUGUGUUUGUGAUUCAUGUGAAUCUGGCUGUUUGGAGCACAUCUUUAAUCUUAUUUGUCAUUCAGUAAUGUCGUUUGCAGGGGGUUUCAAAUAAAAGGGCCUUUUCCUCUCUCGCUGUAAUGUAUUUGAGAAUGUGGAAUAGUGUACUCUCUAGCACUGUAGUUUUUAAUCUCUACAAGGUACUAGUUAGCUCUGAUUGGCAGCAUUGAUCCAUACAGAUGCCGGUGGGUGGUGGGCGGGAAAGAUGAUGUGUGCCAAUUGGUGACAAUCUAAUGCACAGGCAAGUGGUGCAUAUGAAGAUCCCCUUUGGAAGGGAGGCACACUGGGUUUAACUAGUCUGGGUUGGUUCUGACCUGUGCUCGGCUGCCUCUAGCUGGUGCACCUCAAUGAAUCAGAAUGAAACACAGGUGCAUCAAAUAUAGCCAGACCAUAGGUUUCAACCUAUCCACAGGUUACUCACUAUUGCGCGUGCUUUUGUGUGUUGAAGGCUGAGAGAGGAAGGGAGAUUGUCUCUGCUAAUCAUGCUGCUUUGGUUAGUUAUGUUUUUAAAUGUGAUUUCCGAUGCCUGCCGAUGACUCAGCUAGUCUUGGGUGCAGGACUUGCAAAGAUUUUUAAAAAGCUUCUGAACUGGACCUUAGAGAGAUGGUAAGUCUGAACUGAUGCAUUGGUGUGAUCUUGUUCAGUUUGAGAUGAGCACAGUUGAGUUGACAGUGGACAAUCUGGGUCAGACGAGGAGACUGUCAGCCUUCUAUUUCCAGGUGUUGUCGCCCGUGAAACGUAUAGUCAAUUCACUUUACGGUAUAUUAUGUGAAGUGAUUUGAGAUGUUUCGAAGACAUGAUAAUAUCAAAUGCAAGGAUUAUUAUUAUUAUCCAGUGCUUGCAUCUUGAAGCAUCACUUGCUCAAUUUUGAGAGUCCUGGGCAAAUCCCAAUCCUUACAUUUUAUGACAUUUCCCUAGACCCUGGGAUGCUCCCAAGAUUUUUUGAGGAAUUUCUUUUGUACAAAAUGGAAGCAGUAAUUACUGCACGAUUUGAUACUCCAUAUAGCAUUGCUAUAUUUGGUGCAUAAUCUGUUGCUCCCUCUGUUCUUUUGGUAGACGUGGAGAAGUGAACUGUCUUUGUGGCUUGGUUUGGGAUGUUCGUUAAAUUUAGUUCAUGCUUUUGUACAUUUAAAAUCCAUCUUGCCUCCUAAAAUCCCCACCCAAAAUGUAAGACUAAGAACUAACAGCAAUUUUUCAUCAAUAUGUCAUUUGUUAGUGCAUUGUUUGAAGUUUAUUGUAACAUUAUGAUGUAUCUGCCACAUAUUGGUUUUAAGUCAAGGUUCCAUUGCUAAAUAAAUGGUUUUGUAAGUGC